AUGACUAGCAUGGCUGCUACUAGUACCAAGCUAGCACUUGCAUAUAGAAUUCUCUCCUGUGAAAGAAUUACAAAAAAAUGUGUGAAAAUGAUAAAAAUAAUUGAGCUCACUGUGUGCAAUAGUGAGCAUGAAUAUUUUAGCAAUGCAUGCAGUACAUGGAAACUACACGUGAUGCUAAUGGGGUGGGCUACUGCUAGUUGGGACUCUAUGGACCUACACUUCUCCAUACUUGCAAGUUCUUUGGACAACAGAUCUACACUUCUCUGUGUCUGGUGUAUAUAUAAUUUCAUCCUCGCACUCCCCUGCAAUAUUCAAAACAUCUGGGUACUAUACUCAAUGAGUUCAAUCAUCUUCUUCGAACAUUCGAAGAUGGGUGUGACCUGUGACAUGUCAAAAAUAGCCUCAAACAGCACCACUAUCAGCUGA